GGCUGGCUGCCCGGUGCCCUGUGGCAGGGGCUGAGCGCUGGUUCUGUGGGUGUCCCCAGGUCCUGGCGAGAGCGGCAAGAGCACCUUCAUCAAGCAGAUGCGCAUCAUCCACGGCAACGGCUACUCGGAGGAGGAGCGCCGGGGCUUCCGGCCGCUGGUCUACCAGAACAUCUUUGUGUCCAUGCAGGCCCUGAUCGAGGCCAUGGGCAGGCUGCAGAUCCCCUUCAGCAGGCCCGAGAGCGAGCACCACGCCAGCCUGGUCAUGAGCCAGGAUCCCUACAAGGUGACCGCGUUCGAGCAGCGCUGUGCGGUGGCCGUGCAGUACUUGUGGCAGGAUGCUGGCGUCCAGGCCUGCUAUGAGCGCCGGCGUGAGUUCCACCUGCUGGACUCGGCAGUGUACUACCUGUCCCACCUGGAGCGCAUCACCGAGGACGGCUACAUCCCCACGGCGCAGGACGUCCUGCGGAGCCGCAUGCCCACCACUGGCAUCAACGAGUACUGCUUCUCCGUGCAGAAGACCAAACUGCGGAUCGUGGAUGUCGGUGGCCAGAAGUCGGAGCGUAAGAAGUGGAUCCACUGCUUCGAGAACGUGAUGGCGCUGAUCUACCUGGCCUCGCUGAGCGAGUACGACCAGUGCCUGGAGGAGAACAGCCAGGAGAACCGCAUGAAGGAGAGCCUGGCGCUGUUCGGCACCAUCCUGGAGCUGCCCUGGUUCCGGAGCACCUCGGUCAUCCUCUUCCUCAACAAGACGGACAUCCUGGAGGAGAAGAUCCCCUCCUCCCACCUGGCCACCUACUUCCCCAGCUUCCAGGGCCCCCGGCAGGACGCGGAGGCGGCCAAGAGGUUCAUCCUGGACAUGUACACGGGCAUGUACGCCAGCUGUGUGGACGGCCCCGAGGGCAGCAAGCGAGGCCCGCGCUCCCGCCGCCUCUUCAGCCACUACACGUGCGCCACGGACACGCAGAACAUCCGCAAGGUCUUCAAGGACGUGCGGGACUCGGUGCUGGCCCGCUACCUGGACGAGAUCAACCUGCUGUGACCACCCCUGGCAGGCGGUGGGCAGUGGAGAUGGACCCCAGAUGCCCGUCGCUCCGGCCCAGAGCCAGGAGGCAGAAGGCCCUCAUGCGAGGGACUGGAGGGACGGACGGCCCACCACUGCCCUCUCUCCUCUGCCCCUCGCCUGGUCAGCCGUCCCCGCCGACCUCCUGGACUCCAGCUACGUCCUUGGAAAGGGAGGAACAACAUGGCCUCGGGGGUGGGGGUGCCAGGGGGGGGAAGGUGAGGCCCUGGUGGGAGGCUGCGUGGGAGGCCUCUGGCCCCGUCACUGGGUGACUCUGUGAGGGAAAGGAGCCGUCCUUCGGGGUGGGCUCUGGCGCCCUCUGGUGGAAGCAGGAGGAAUCCCCGCAGAUGGCGCUCACCCAGGACAGGUGGCCGGUCAGGGGCCUCCCGGCGGCCACCACAGAGCCCCCUUCCAGAGCCCCAGGCCCACGGCGUCCUGCCCCGGUGUGCAGAGGAGGAACCCGAGGCCCCAGGUCCCUCUCCUGCUCCAAACAGCCUCUGUAUUUAUUCCCCGCGUCCACCGGCCCCCCACGGGGUAGACAUUAAAGAAAGCACCUGAGGUCGGGGCUUCC